CCAAAAGAUAGAAAGAGAGAAAGAUUUGAUCCUUUUAUUAUUAUCUUACUUUGAGAGGGAAAAGAAAUGCAAUUUAAGAACCAACUACUCUAUUUCCUGUUGGAAGUAACAAAGUGCAUACCAAACCAAACCUUCCUAAAAGACAUUGAAGAGUGAGAAAGUACACUGCUUCUCCUGACUAUUAAAGAAACAACAGAAUUCCUCCUCUCCUCUUGCUCUAUUCUUAUAUACAGAGAGAAACAGAGACCACUUAAUUUCUCACAUAGAAAAAAAAAAAUUCAAGAAGAUGUUUGCAGCUGAAAAUGGACUCAAAGGAGAUUCUAGACUUCAGGGCAUUUCUGAAGCCAUUAGAGUUGUUCCUGAUUUCCCAAAACCAGGAAUAAUGUUUCAGGAUAUUACAACUUUGUUGUUGAAUCAUAAGGUAUUUAAAGACACAGUGGACAUAUUUGUUGAUAGGUACAAAGACAUGGACAUCUCUGCUGUUGCUGGAAUUGAAGCUAGAGGGUUCAUGUUUGGUCCAUCUGUAGCUCUUGCCAUUGGUGCAAAGUUUGUUCCUUUACGCAAGCCAGGAAAAUUGCCAGGUAAGGUAAUUGCAGAAUCAUAUGAACUGGAGUAUGGGAAAGAUUGUUUGGAGAUGCAUGUUGGAGCUGUACAGCAAGGGGAUAGAGCAGUCAUACUUGAUGAUUUGGUAGCUACGGGUGGAACGCUCUCUGCUGCAAUUAAACUUCUAGAACGGAUGGGGGCUGAAGUGGUUGAGUGUGGUUGCGUUAUCGGAGUGCCAGAGGUCAAGGGGCAAAGUAGGCUAAAGGGAAAGCCUCUGUAUAUUCUAGUUGAACCGCGGGAACUAGAAGACUCUUGAUGAGAUAUGUGAAUCCUUAGAUUGAUUUCUGUCAAGAAGAGAUGAUGCCGAUGAGAAAAAUCACAGCUGUUUGGUUGACCGAUGCUCAAAUUUUGGUUUCCAUUUAUCAUUUGUUGGCUAUUCUUCUUUUUUUCAUAUGGUUCUUUCAGUUUCAUGAUUAGUUAAAUUUCAUUGUUUGAGAUUUUCUUGUAAAAGCUGACUGAAAAUGUGCCAUGACAGAAGCUGGGUUUGACCAUACAUUGUUCUAUCUAAUUUACUUGAUGCGAUUCAUUUUUAAAUAAUAUUCUACCA